CAGCCCUACCACUACGUUUUUCGGAGGCGUAAUUUACACUCGAAAUUUCUGACAAAUUCCAACAAAGGGAUAAAUGCAAGAGCAAAAGCAGCGCUUGAAAUAUGAGUCGAAAGGGAGCGAGAGAACAAAAUGAUAUUUCGCUGAUCAUCGGGACGCUGCCGAAACGUCUGCAGAACAAAAUCGCGGCCAGCUGCAGCCACGCAGCAGCAGCAGCAACAACAACGAAGGCGUUGGAGACUGAGACGGAAAACGCUGAGAAUGCGGAGCCAGUUGCUCCAAGGCCAGCCACCAGUCGCCACAUCCUGAGCAAUGCAGCGGUUGCAGGGAAGCCCAAUCCCCACCAGGCGGUGGCUCCUCCCGUUUCGGUUACCAGCGGGAAAGUGCCGAGGGAAUGUGGAAUUCCAGGCAUCCUGCGCGUGGCCACCUCGUUGGCAGCAGGAGAAGGAGGAGGAGGGAACAAGAAAGGCGGUCACAAUGCCCGUCGCAAGUGUCGCAUCUUUGGCAAGGACAAGGAGCACGCUCCGCAGUCGCCAGUGACGCGCACCCGCCUGACCACCGAGCAUCCGGAUUGGUUUGAGCCGCUCUUAAGUCUUCCCAAUGCCAAAAACAUAGUCCAACUAUACGAUCAGCUAAUGGUUCUCAAUCAAAGAAAUCUUAUACUGAUAAACUGGAAGAACUUCUGCUACAUUCACGAUCAGCUUCAAGACGCCUUCAAGCAACUUCUCCUAGAGCAACUGAAGUUCGUCUGCGAGCACAAGGUCGAUGUCUUCUUUUGGAAGCUGCUCUUCUACAAUGUGCGGGAUUACUUGAAGCGCCAGCAAACGGAUCAGGCCCACGCCCACACGCUCCUCCUGAUCGAGCAGGCCACCAAGUUCUAUCGCCUGGCCUACGACAAGCUGAUGGCCAAGUCCGUGGCCUCGAGCGCCCAGAAAGUGGUGGCCCAGCGGCUGCUCAUCUGCCUGGGAGAUCUUUCCCGCUAUCGGGUUAACCAUGUCAAGGCCACGGAUUACUUGGAGGCGGCCAGGUACUAUCAGCGGGCCCAGGAGCUGGUGCCAGGCAAUGGAGCACCCUACAACCAACUGGCCGUCAUUUCUAUCUAUCAUCACAAGCGCUUCGAUGCCGUUUACUACUAUGUGCGCAGUCUACUGACCUCCAACUCUAUACAGACGGCCAAGGAGAGCCUGCUGGAUCUAUUCGACGAGAUUCGGCGCAAGUACGAGGAGACCGAGAUGAAGCAAUCGCCCAUGCACUAUGCCUCGCCGAAGAACCAAAAGUCCAAGCAGAUGCGCAAGGAGGUGUGGAUCUAUCCGGAUGGAAUUCGACGCCUGCAUCGCACCGACGACAAGGGAAACAAAGCGAAGGGCAACAAAGCCACCGUGGCCGAGGUCACGAGGUACGAGGAGAUGCCCCCAGAGGAGCUGAUGCCUCGCAUUGUCUCCCUGUAUCUUUACUUAAUAGGAAAGCUCUAUACAGGCACCGAUGUGGACUCGCUAUACCCGCUGCUGCGGAAACUGCUCAUCCAACUGGGCGCCGCUCUUAAACACGACAACCUGUUGUCACGCUCCAAACUGCUGAAAAUAGUGGCACUCAACUUGUUUGUCGUCGAGCACAACAAGCGUAAAACGUCACGCCGCGAGAUGCGUUAUCACAGCUUCAAUUUUGCCAACUCAUUCUUUGGACUCAUGCUGAAGCAGACAAACCAGUUGCUGGCCGGUUUUGUGGAGGACUCGACGAACAUUCAGUGUCUUCCUGAAGAAGAUUUUACCACUGUCAACACAUAUCUGCAGUAUGUAAAGGUCUAUGUGCAUUGGUUGAGCAUCAAUGUGGAUGUUUGGGAACCCGUGAGAUCAGAAGAACACUCCUUUAUCGAUUGCUGGGCUGAACUAUCCACCCUUUUCGAGUACAUUGAAUGCUUGCUAGGGAAGCAAAAACUGGACAAAAAGGAAAUCGCUUUGGAUGAGGAUAUUGCCCUGAGUGGCUUCAAUCCAUUGGGUCGAGAAACGAUGAGUAAGGAUUGCCUCAAGCGCGGACCCGAACGCAUUCAGUUCCUUGAACGCAUCCGUAGGAUUGGCCAGUUCCAGGACAUCUAUGCGCAGCAUCAAGAGGCACUGCAGCAGCCACUGGACUCGAGCUUCACCAUUGAGGAUCUAAACGCAGCAAUGAAGAAUGCGCUGGAGAGCUUCGAUGCCGAAAGUUGCGGCCUUGCGGUGAACCCCUUAAAAAAUCAGAGUCAAGCCGUUGAGGAACCUCUGUGUCCCUCAACCGAUGCCGAUGUUUCGCAGUUGUGCAAGCUGAAAAAGGAGCUUGAAGCCAAGGCGAAAGUUAAGCAGAUUUGCACCAGCAAGCUGGAGGAGAUCCUAAAGUUUGUGGACACCAAGAUAUACAUUGAAGUGCGUCCGCGCUACCUUCUGCCCGAUACCAACUGCUUCAUCGACUGUCUGGAGGACUUUGAGAAGCUGUCCACGGAGUUCAAGCGAUAUACUCUUAUUAUCCCGCUCACGGUGGUCAAGGAACUGGAUGGUCUCUCCAAGGGCGUCAAGUUGGACUCGUAUCGCAGCUCCAAGCAGACGCAGCGCAUCCAUCAUUUCGACGAGGUGUCGUCGCGGGCCAAAAAGUCUCUGGAGUUUAUCAAGUCGGCCAAGAGCAAUGUGAAGUGUGCUACCACAAAGGGCUCUUUUGUGAAUGCCUCGGUGUUUGCCUUGGUUGAGGAGGAGUAUCUUUCCAACGACGACAAAAUUCUGGCCACAGCCAUGGCUGUUUCAAAGACGGCCAAAUCUGAACAAUGCACAGAUGGCAAGUGCUUCAUUCAAACAGAGUUAGUUCUCAUCACCACCGAUCGCAAUCUGCGUGUAAAGGCCCUUUCUCGGAAUCUGGCGGUCAGCGCGCUGGACGAGUUCCUUCAAUGGGCCAAGGACUGCCGCGAAUCAACCUGAAAGCCCUUUUAGUAUCGCAAGUGGACCGGCUAACAAUGUAAAUGGACUCGCACGAUCGCACGAUGCGGUGCCGAGCGAGCUCGAGCUAUUAUAUUACCUACAUUACACAUAAAUGACUAUGUAAGUCGGGGUCGGCAGAUGCAGACACAUCCGCUGGCCGCGAAUACGUACACGACGUGGGUUCCUGAGAACUGAGGACACGGGUACACAGGCGCGGAUGUUGUGGUGUUUCCCCGGGGUGAGGCUUUCUGUCGAAGCCCAUCUCGCUGGCUUCCGAUCAUCUAAUUUGUUUUUUUUUCUCACUUCUUCAAAUUUAUAUUUUGUGACUUUCGGAAUAAUUAAAUCAAUUUGGAUUGUUGUUCAA